AUGUCCGUCAACCAAGACUUCAUCGACCUAUGGGAAACAGCCAUAGAGAAAUACAUCGAGUCCACCAACCGAACGCCCUCUGAGCAAACUCUGCUGGGGCAACUAACAAGUCCCGAGGGCCUCGAAAAACAGCUCGAGAAAGACCACAGCAAGUUCAACAGCUUCAGAGCAAAACAUGGCACACUUACACGCAGACUCAAAAAUGCUAUCAGACCUUUUACACUGCUUUCGGAUGUUGCGUCCAGUGCCCUUUCACUGUCGCCUUUUGCACCUGCUUCUACUAUUUUCGGUGCCGUACUCUUCGUUGUGAAAGCCGCCGAUGGAGUAUCAGAGGCGUACGACUGGAUCGAUCAACUUUUCGACAAGCUUGGUGAUUUCACAGUUCGCUUGGAUGAGUACUGCAAAGAAGGUACUGGCUCUCAUCUAGGGACAAAGGUCGUCCAGAUUUUAGGAUGUCUGCUUGAAAUCCUUGCCCGUUCUGAGAAGGCAAUCAAAAUUGGCCGAUGGAAAAAGUAUGCAGCUGUGAUUUUCCUAGGAAAAGAUGAGGAGAUUAAGGGAUCGUUUGACAAGCUUGCCAAGCUAUUUGAUGAGGAGCAACGACUAGUCAUCGCAAUCAAUUUCGCAACUAAUCAGAGAAUGGACAAGCGUAUUGCAGAAAUCAACAGCACUGCGAAGGAGACUCUUGAGACUGUGAAACAAGACCAGCAAGAAAAACUUCGUGAAAAAAUCCUUGACUGGAUAUCCUCAACGAACUUUCCAGCUCAGCAGUCCGACAUCAUUGCCCGCAGGGAAGAAGGGACCGGAUUAUGGUUCCUUGAGGAUCCCAAAUUUGCCUCCUGGGCUCAAGGACCACGGAAGACUUUGUUCUGUCCUGGCAUGCCAGGCGCGGGCAAGACAAUGAUGGCAGCGAUAACCAUUGAUCACCUCUCUAGGACGACACGAAGUGACAGCAUCGGAGUUUCGUUCUUAUUCUGCAAUUACAAGGCGAAAUCCGAACAGAGCGCGCAAGCCCUAUUUCGCGCUCUUUUGAAGCAGCUGGUACAGAACAAGCCGGAUAUCGCCGCUCCAGUAAGGAAGAUAUACGACUACCACUCAAAGGGAGGGACUGGGCCAUCUCUCAAAGAGAUAUUUCAAGCUCUUCGGUCGGUCUGUUCCGAUUAUACUACAGUAUAUAUUGUCGUAGAUGCGUUGGAUGAGUGUACGGACAAAGAUAAUGCGCGAGGCCAACUCAUUGACAAACUGCGUGAACUGCAACUGACAACGGACGUACGCCUUCUAUUCACGUCUCGAUUCAUCACCGAAAUAACCGAGAUAUUCCAAUCAAAUCUGACGCUACAGGUGCGUGCCAGCGAAGAGGAUGUGAGAAAGUUCGUUGCAGGGCAUAUACCACGUCUGCCAAAAUGUAUUCGACUCGACGAUGAACUCAAGCGUGCUGUAGAGGAUAAAAUCGUUGAAAGUGUUGACGGAAUGUUCCUCCUCGCGCGUCUACACGUCGACUCGUUUCUUGACAAAAGAACCAAGCACAAAGUAUUAUCUACAUUGAACAAUCUCUCGAAAGGGUCGGCAGCGCUUGAUGAAUCGUACGACGAUGCAAUCGCACGAAUAGAUGGUCAGCUGCCCGGAGAUCGCUCUCUUGCAAGGCGUGCUAUAUCCUGGAUAACUUUGACACAGAGACCACUCACGACGAAAGAGCUGUGCCACGCCCUAGCCAUUGAACCGGGACAUAGAGCUCUAAACAAUGACAAUAUUGAUGACGUGGAAGACAUUAUUUCAGUCUGUGCAGGCCUCGUUAUGAUAGAUGAGAAGAGCAGUAUCAUUCGCCUCGUCCACUACACGACACAAGAAUAUUUUGAGCGCGAACUCUUGAAGUGGCACCCGGACGCUCAGGAAGAGAUAGCGAUAACCUGCCUAACGUAUUUGUCCUUCGAUACGUUCCGAAGUGGUAUAUGUGCAGAUGAUGAAGUUUUCAAACAGAGGCUCGUAAGGAAUCCUUUCUUCGACUACGUAGUGCGUUACUGGAGCGAGCAUAUACGGCCAGUCCAAAGUAGAACUGUACGCUUAGCGCUGGCUUUCCUUUGCGAUGAUGCAUUGGUUGGCUGUGCUUUCGAAGGUGCUUUGACGCUAAACAACAAAUAUAUGGGUAAUAGGAAACGCAACCUAAAUCGGACAAGUGGGCUACACCUCACAGCAUGGUAUGGACUGCUUCACUUGACAGAGAGGCUUUUGGUAAGCGAGCAUAAGGACAGCAACAUUGGAGCCGACUCGAAGAACGGAGAUGGUCGGACGCCUCUGUCAUUGGCGGCAGAGGGGGGCUACGAGGCGGUGAUUCGGCUGCUACUCGAUAAUGAGGACGUCAAACCAGACUCUAAGGACAAUGGUGGCCGGACGCCGCUGUCAUGGGCUGCGCAGAAUGGGUACGGCGGAGUCGUCAAGUUACUGCUCGCUAAGGAGGUCGUCGACCCGAACUCUCGAGGUACGGUGUCCGACUACACGGGGAAGCAGACGCCACUGUUGUUAGCCGCAAGGAACGGGCACGAGGCGGUAGUUAAGCUGCUUCUCGCCGAGGAGGAAAUCGACCCCGACUCCAAAGACGACGGUUACUACGGAUUGUGGCUGACACCCCUGUCGUUAGCCGCCAGUAACGGACAUGAGGCGGUAGUCAAGCUGUUGCUUGCCAAGGAGGGUGUGAAUCCGGACUACAAGCAGCCUGACAGAUACUGGGAUGAUCACGGCUUUACUGAUUAUUACGGCCAGACCCCGCUAUCAUUUGCCGCAAGAUAUGGGCACGAGGGAGUAGUCAAGCUACUGCUAGCCAAGGAGGGGGUUCAUCCAGACUCUGCGGAUUCGAGGGGCCGGACGCCGCUGUCAUGGGCCGCAGAAAAUGGGCAUGAAGGAGUAGUCAAGUUACUUCUAGCCAAGGAGAACGUUCAUCCAGACUCUGUGGAUUCGAGGGACCGGACGCCGCUGUCAUGGGCCGCGGAGAAGGGGAAUAAGACGGUCGUGAAGCAGCUUCUCAAUACCAACAAGGUGGACAUAAACUCAAAGGACGCUGAGUACGGUCGGACACCACUUUCAUGGGCGGCGGGGAAUGGAGAUGAGGAGGUCGUAAAGCAGUUACUUGAAACUGAUAAAGUGGAUAUAGACUUGAAGGAUAGAUAUGGUCAGACACCGCUGUCUCGAGCUGUGGAGAAGGGAUAUAAGGCAGUCGUGAAACAACUACUUGAUUCUGGUAAGGUAGAUGUGGACUUAAGGGAUCAGUACGGUCGGACACCGCUAUCGUGGGCUGCGGAUAACGGAGAUGAGGCAAUUGUGAAGCAGCUGCUCAAUACUAGUAAUGUACACGUGGACUCGAAGGAUAAGGACGGUCGGACGCCAUUGUCACGAGCUGCGGAAAGGGGACAUGAGGCGGUCCUGAAGCAAUUACUUGAUACCGAGAAGGCAGAUAUAGACUCGAUGGAUUCUGAGUAUAGCCGGACUCCGCUAUCAUGGGCUGCCGAGAACGGCCAUAAUGCCGUCAUAAAGCAGUUGCUCGAUUCUGGCAAAGUGGAUGUAGACUCAAAGGAUAAGUACGGUCGGACACCCCUUUCGCGAGCCGCAGGGUACGGCAAUGAGGCGACCGUGAAGCUGCUGCUCGAUACUAGAAAGGUGGAUGUGGACUCGAAGGAUGAGGACGGUCGGACUCCGCUGUCAUGGGCUGCGGCGAACGGUCAUAAUGCCGUCGUAAUGCAGUUGCUCGAUUCUGGCAAGGUGGAUACAGACUCAAAGGAUAAGUACGGUCGAACGCCCCUGUGGUUGGCUGCGGCGUACGGCAAGAAGGCGGUCUUGAAGCAGCUGCUUGAUACUGGAAAGGUGGAUGUGGAUUCAAGGGACUCUGACUAUAAUCGGACGCCGCUGUGGUGGGCUGCGUGGCAUAGCGACGAGGCUGCCGUGAAACAGCUGCUUGAUUCUGGCAAGGUGGACGCGGAUUCGAAGGACACUGAGCACGGUCGGACACCACUGUGGUUAGCUGCGGAGAAAGGCAGGAAAAUGAUUGUGAAACAGCUGCUUGAUACUAGAAAAGUGGACGUGAACAUGAAGGACUCUGAGCACGGUCGGGCACCAUUAUGGUUAGCUGCGGAGAAUGGAUACGAGACAAUUGUAAAGCAGCUGCUUGAUACUGGCAAGGUGGACGUGAACAUGAAGGACUCUGAGCACGGUCGGGCACCAUUAUGGUUAGCUGCGGAGAAUGGAUACGAGACAAUUGUAAAGCAGUUGCUUGAUACUGGCAAGGUGGAUGUUGACUCGAGGGACUCUGAGCACGGUCGGACACCACUGUGGUUAGCUGCAUAUAAGGGGCACGAGGCCAUUGUGAGACAUCUGCUUGAUACUGGAAAGGUGGAUGUGGAGGCGAAAGACUCUGGCUACGGUCAGACACCGCUAUGGUCAGCUGCGGAUAGGGGACACGACGCGGUUGUAAAGCACCUACUCAAUACUGGAAAGGUGGAUGUGGAUGCAAAAGAAUCAACUUAUGGUUAUACACCGCUCUGGUCCGCUGCGAGUUACGGCUAUGAGACAGUUGUGAAACUUCUACUUGAUACUGGUAAGGUUGAUGUGAAUUCAAGGGACGGCUUCGGUCGGACACCGCUAUGGCUGGCCACGGAGAAAGGAUAUAAGGCGGUAGUCAAGCAGCUACUCGAUAGCGGCAAGGUGGAUGUUAAUUCGAAGGAUAGCUUCGGUCAGACACCGCUAUUGUUAGCUGUAGGGAAUGGAGACGAGGAGGUUGUCAAACAGCUGCUCGAUACCGGUAAGGUGGAGAUGGACUUGAAGGACUCUGAUAGUCAGAUGCCGCUGCGACGGGCGGCAGCAGAGGGCUACGUGGCCAUAGUUCGGCUGCUGGUUGAGAAGGAUAACGUCGACGCUAAUUCAAAGGACAAUUAUGGUCGGACACCACUAUCAUUAGCAGCAGCGCAAGGGCAUGAGGCGGUGGUUCAACUAUUACUUAAAAAAGAUCAUAUCGAGGCCGAUUUAAAUGACAAUGACGGUCGGACACCGCUGUCGUGGGCCGCAGCAGAAGGCUACAAGGCGAUAGUUCAACUGCUGGUCGAGAAGGAUGAUGUCGAGGCCGACUCGAAGGACAAUGACGAUCAAACGCCGCUGUCGUGGGCCGCAGCAAUGGGCUGUGAGGCAAUAGUUCGGCUUCUGGUCCAGAGGGACGAUGUCGACGUCGACUCGAAGGAUAAAUAUGGUCAGACACCGCUAUCGAGGGCUGCAGAGCGCGGUAAAGAGGCGGUAGUUCGGUUGCUAGUCGAGAGGGACGACGUCAACGCCGACUCGAAAGAUAAUAUUGGUCGAACACCAUUAUCAUGGGCGGCAGAGGGAGGCUAUGAGGCAAUAGUUCGGCUGCUAGUCGAGAGAGAUGAUAUCGACACUGAUCCAAAAGAUGUUUAUGGUCUAACACCACUAUCAAUAGCGGCAGGGCAAGGCCAUGAGGCGGUAGUUCAGCUCCUAGCCGAGCGGGACGAAGUUGAGGCUGAUUCGAAGGAUAAUAACGGUCGUACACCGCUGUCAAGAGCAGCAGCAGAAGGCUAUCAGGAGGUGGUUCAGCUUCUAAUUGAGAGGGAUGACGUCGAUCUUGAGUCGAGGGAUAAUAUCGGUCGGACACCACUGUCAUGGGCGGCAGAGGGAGACCACGACGCGGUGGUUCAGCUGCUACAAUCCUCUUUACCUGUGUAGUCUAAUGUAGAGAGUCACUUUUCCCUCAAUAAUUCUAGCACUAUUCC